AUGCACGGGCACAGCCGAAACGGGCAGGCCCACGUGCCCCGGCGGAAGCGCCGCAACCGCUUUGUCAAGAAGAACGGCCAAUGCAACGUCUACUUCGCCAACCUGAGCAACAAGUCGCAGCGCUACAUGGCGGACAUCUUCACCACCUGCGUGGACACGCGCUGGCGCUACAUGCUCAUGAUCUUCUCUGCGGCCUUUCUCGUCUCCUGGCUCUUUUUCGGCCUCCUCUUCUGGUGCAUCGCCUUCUUCCAUGGUGACCUGGAGGCCGGCCCGGCGGGGGCCGCGGCGGGGGCCCCGACAGGAGGUGGGGGGGCGGCACCGGUGGCCCCCAAGCCCUGCAUCAUGCACGUGAAUGGCUUCCUGGGCGCCUUCCUCUUCUCAGUGGAGACGCAGACGACCAUCGGUUAUGGAUUCCGGUGCGUGACGGAGGAGUGCCCGCUGGCGGUCAUCGCUGUGGUGGUCCAGUCCAUCGUGGGCUGCGUCAUCGACUCCUUCAUGAUUGGCACCAUCAUGGCCAAGAUGGCCCGGCCCAAGAAGCGGGCGCAGACGUUGCUGUUCAGUCACCACGCCGUCAUCUCGGUGCGCGACGGCAAGCUCUGCCUCAUGUGGCGCGUGGGCAACUUACGCAAGAGCCACAUCGUGGAGGCCCACGUGCGGGCCCAGCUCAUCAAGCCCUACAUGACCCAGGAGGGCGAGUACCUGCCGCUGGAUCAGCGGGACCUCAACGUGGGCUACGACAUCGGCCUGGACCGCAUCUUCCUGGUCUCGCCCAUCAUCAUUGUCCACGAGAUCGACGAGGACAGCCCGCUCUAUGGCAUGGGCAAGGAGGAGCUGGAGUCGGAGGACUUUGAGAUCGUGGUCAUCCUGGAGGGUAUGGUGGAGGCCACGGCCAUGACCACCCAGGCCCGCAGCUCCUACCUGGCCAGCGAGAUCCUGUGGGGCCACCGCUUCGAGCCCGUGGUCUUCGAGGAGAAGAGCCACUACAAGGUGGACUACUCGCGCUUCCACAAGACCUACGAGGUGGCCGGUACACCCUGCUGCUCCGCCCGGGAGCUGCAGGAGAGCAAGAUCACCGUGCUGCCCGCCCCACCGCCCCCGCCCAGUGCCUUCUGCUACGAGAACGAGCUGGCCCUCAUGAGCCAGGAGGAAGAGGAGAUGGAGGAGGAGGCUGCGGCCGCUGCCGCCGUGGCCGCGGGCCUGGGCCUGGAGGCGGGCUCCAAGGAGGAGGCGGGCAUCAUCCGGAUGCUGGAGUUUGGCAGCCACCUGGAUCUGGAGCGCAUGCAAGCCACCCUCCCACUGGACAACAUCUCCUACCGCAGGGAGUCCGCCAUCUGA